AUGGUUGAUCCACUGACCACAUUUGCCGCUGCUGGCAACGCCCUCCAAUUCGCCCUGCUAGGGAUCGACAUCAUCAAGAAGACAGCGCAGUAUUCCAAAGGAGGAGGGAAUGCAGAGUUUGAGACGAUAAGAGAUGUUGUUCAACGACUUGCAGUAUCCAGUGUCAAUCUCCAGGAGGCCAUAGAAGCCCGAACUGCUCGUUAUUUGCCUCCGGGCCCAGCACGAGCCUUGGCAUCUGCCAACAUGAGAUGUCUGGAACUAUCAAGAGAGGUCACUUCCUUCCUUGAGUCACUCGGGUUAAAUAAGCAGCAUACAUUAUGGGCUAGCGUCGGGUGCGAAAGGACUGACGAAAAUGGCCGUCACAUUAUCAGCCAGACACAGGGGAUACUCGCAAAUUCGGGAAGUAUGACCGAUGACGUUACUAAACUCGGUUCUACGCUUUCUUCGCUUUCAGUGGACGACAACAUAAACACCCCCAGUUUCGAACACGCAAUGCAAAAAUAUCAUCUCGAUUUGAAAGAGAUGGACCGUCGACUCUCUGAGCGGCUACAGAACAUGAACGAUAGCGUAAUGGCUUCUUUCCAGGAUUUCAAAAAACUUUCUCCGCGCAUUGACGCUGAAUUACGGGCCAAAGAGCAACUUAUGAACAGCCUUUGGUUUUCGGCGUCGAACGAGAGGCGCAAUCGCAUUGACAGAGCUCACCAAAAUACCUAUCAGUGGAUUUUCAAGCCCAAAGACAACGAAAUCACCGUUUGGGACGAUUUUGUGCAAUGGUUCCAGGACGAGCAUCGACCCUGCUACUGGGUAAGUGGAAAGCCCGGCAGUGGCAAGUCGACGCUGAUGCGUGAACUUGACGCCCGCUUCGAUGACAUGUGUGCUCCUGAAACGUCACCGACACAGGAGAGAGCCUAUGUGAAGGCUUCAUUCUAUUUCUGGUACGCAGGAAGCAACCUACAAAAGUCCCUUAUUGGCUGUCUCCGGAAGAUCAUUCACGAAUUACUAUCGCAACAACGCGAAUUGAUCGAUCAGGUUAUCUCCCCAGACCGAUUGGAGGCAUGUCAUGCCACCCCUCCUCGUCCGUUUAGCGAAUGGGAAGAGACUGAACUGUGUGAAACAAUGUGUCGUAUCGUGAAGCAGUGCGAUGGUCAGAAAACGAUUGUUCUAUUCAUCGACGGGUUGGAUGAGCAAGAUGCUUCUGACGAACUCAGGCAAAAAUUGCUCGACCUGCUACAAUCACUAGGGACUUACAGAACCUUUAAGGCCUGCGUUUCAAGUCGCCCUUGGAAUAUCUACAACGAUGCGUUCGCACAGUGUCCCAAACUACGCCUCGAGCAGCUUACCGCUGGCGAUAUACGAGACUAUGUUCACGACAACCUGCAAAAGGAUCGGCACUUCCAACGGCACCAAAUACGCGAGCCGUAUCUUCUUGAGACCAUCACAAACGAAGUUACAGGGAAAGCUCGGGGUGUUUUUCUAUGGGUCCGUCUUGUGGUUCGCGAUCUGCUCAAAGUCCUCCGUGACGGUGGUAAUGCGAGAGACUUGUUACGGACACUCCAGCUUGUACCAUCCGAUUUGAAUCAAUAUUUCAUGCCGCUCUACAUGAUGGAUGUCAGUGGUGCUAAAGGCUAUCCCUCAGAACCGACACUCGGAUUUCUAUUAUUGCAUGUUCAUUUCUUGGCCGACUGGGACGACCAGAACUUUGCUGCAAAAUCACAUAUCUAUCCGGUCGACUUUAGAGAUCCUGAGGAUGUCGAUGUGUUUCUGGAACUACUUGAGCGACGAGUUGUGAGUCGGAGUAUGGGUCUAUUUGAGGUGGACCCACCAUUGCGACCUGGCACAAGCCAACAGCCAUGGAACAUGAAAAUCGAAGUCAUGCACAGAAGUGUGCGAGACUUCUUCGAAACUCCUGCUGCGAUGGAGCUGCUCUAUCAACAUUCUGGUGGACCUUUCGACGCUUCCAUAUUCCGAUGCAAUCUACUCGUCACUAACAUGACUUCACGUAUUGCAUUACCAUCACUGUGCUCGAAGCAGCACUCGGUCGCAUUCUUUAUGCGAGAGAUUCUAGCCCGAUCAGACAGUGAAGAGGCAUCGUUUCUACUAUUUGAGAAGAUGACCGAACUGGUCAAAGAUCACGUGGGAAUACUUUUCACGUGUAUUUCCGAAGAAGACAGGAAGCGGGACCUUUUUCAGGUACUAUUGCGGUGGUGUCAAGAUCGCGGUAGUGCCAUGUCGCUGGCAGUACUGCUUCAAUGGAUGCCGUACAUCAAAUCGCGCCUGUCAGAGACCUGUAUUGAUCAGAAAGAGGGCAGACCUUUGCUGGAUUAUGCCCUGCGACGCGAUCUCUUCUACCCACAAUCACCAAAUGAAGAAAUCGUAACAACCAUUCUGAAGUAUGGAGCUAACCCUGAUUCGGCGCUUGACACACGAGACAAAAUACCGAUAUGGCUGUACUUCCUGGAAACACUCCCACUGAUGGAGCGUAUGGACUAUUCAGCCUGUUUCGGGACGAUCAAGGCUCUUUUGAUGCGCGGCGUACACACUCGAGUUACUGUGAUUGACAUAGUCGCAUGUCACAGCGAAGUGGUGAAAUAUCUGGGAUGGUGGCAGAACCACCCCCUCUCUGCGAGGCGCCGGAAUCGGUUGAAGAAGCUAGCAGAGGAUGCAAAUACCGAGACCGUGUCGCCGAAAUUUUCAUUUCUGCAGGUGGUACAAUCCCUGAUCCCGUCAGCUGGUAAUGCCACUAGUAGUGGAUUGUUCUCUAAGAUCGAUGUUUCGAUUUUGAAGGAGCUUGAGGCGGCACAGGAAGUCGAGCCGCCGCAAUCUCAAGUGCACAGCCUCUAUUCAAGCACAAAGCAAGGACGCAAAUCCGAUGUCGAUGAGAGAGCAAAUUCCGGCACCAUGGCUUGGACGCGAGGUUGCAUGGCCGGGCGGCAGAUUACCGCCGCCGAGUCGCACAACCGGUUUACGUCUGCUCGCUCGAUCUCCUUCAACCCCUGCCUCCGGACUCUGCUCCAACAGAUCUGCAGGAGAAGUGACGUGCGCGCCGCGCUCCCUGUGCUCUCCCUUGACUCGGCUCAAAGUCUAGUCGCAGUCAGGCAGGAUCUGAACUUGGCCUACGAUUCAGCCGCCAGUGAGACUGGCCAGGUCCGUUCUGCAAAGUUGGCGCGUCGUCGCCACGCCAGUGACUCUAUUGCCUACACCAAUCCGUGA